UCUAGUCAGUCUUACCCGGCCAUUACAAAUUCAUUAUAUCAAAAAAUAAACUCUGCCAAAACAGGAAAUCAUGCAAGACAAUAAAGUAAAAGCGGAAAUCAGGGAGGGAAUAAAACAGACCAUGAAACAAGUCAUCCAAAGAGGACUUUCUAUAAACAAAACUUUACCUUAUUACUGAAAGAAAUUUUUUCGGUUUUUGUUUCGCGAUAACGCUGCUAACUCUUUGGUUUCUGUGUGUGGGUGUGUUAUCUGCCAUCCUCCCGGGUUUGCCAUAGGGUCAAGGAGAAUUCAUUACUGCUCUUAUGCUCAGGUGAAAAGGAGACGAAAGGGAAGUUACGUACUGUCAAUUACUUAUUCCUCAUUUAUCUCCACGACUUUGCCGUUCGUGCGGAGGGGUAGAACACGCUGAAAGCCUAACGGAAACCUCUCAGAUGGUAGUAUUAUCCAUGAAUGCUGGCAGCGUAAAGCGCUUAACAAAGGCAUGUAGCAUGACGUAUUUAAAGUACUUGAGCCGGAUUAAAAUGGGGUGCUGUUUUAAGUCAGACUUGAAUUAGAAUACAUUUGACGGUCUUUUGAAUUUCUUACAAAGAGCGAAGUAUAGAAUGUUGCGAAAACUAUAGUAUUAACUUCUGUUUACUUGAAAGUACUCGAAAGCGUAAGUGUUGGUUAAAAUUAUCAAGUAAACAACUUUUGGCCGCAAACGGGGGAAAACGUUUGGCUAAAUUGAAGCAACGUGACUUCCAGACAUAUCAACCUUUAAUGAAUUUGAUAGGUCCUUGAUUUGAAAGUGUUUCGUAAGAAAAGCCGAUAGUCAUUCAAGUGUACAAGAAAGAUUAUGAAACUUGUUCGCGAUGACAAGUUAGAGUUUGUACAGAUGCUAUUAAUUGAAAGUUAAUUUUUUAGUUAUUCAGUGUCAUAUCCUUUCUUAGUUAGAAUGACUUCUUAAACUGAAACCUUGGGGCAGUUUAAGACUUUUCCAAUCGAUCUGAUAAUUAAUGAUAUUCAAAGAUAUUGCACUUGCGUGGAAAAACCAGUCAGGCGAAGAGCAGCGGAAAUUAAGACUAUUUAAAGAUAAUCUCUAGACAUUUACAUCUUCAAAACGUUUUAGAGUUGCAAUGGGCUCCUAUCGGAUGAAAAACGAAGGAAGCGUGAAUUUGGGUUUUGGCAGCAGUACCCAGACUUUAGGAAUGGAGUCUGUACAGAGCAGCACAAUUACUUUCUCUAAAGGGAGAAGAAAGCGGUUUCGCUUCAGGCUGUUGGCAAUCGUGUGUGCAUUCCUAUUACUUGCUUGUCUUGCUCUUGCUUCGUAUGUGAUCUUGCUCUCGUUUAGAAAAGAAAAAGAUGCGACCAAAAAUGAGGUGAAAUAUUGUACUUCGUCCACAUGCUUAGAAGUUGCAGCCGCUGUGAAGAAGAGCCUGAACGAUUCCGUGGAUCCGUGUGAAGACUUCUACCAAUACUCCUGUGGCAGUUGGAUCAAGAACAACCCAAUUCCACCAUCAGAAACAAUAACUGCUACUUUUACAGAAGGAGCAAAGAAGAACGAUGAAUUAUUGUUGCUGCUUUUGUUAGAAGAUGACGAGCUUCCAAACGAACAUGCCGUGAAGAAAGCGAAGAACUAUUUCAAAUCCUGCAUGAGUGAUUAUGACGAUAAUAACACCGCCACAGUUGUUGAGUUAAAAAGCCUUAUUCGUCGAUUCGGAUCCUGGCCACUGGAUAUGGCCACUUGGAAUGUCUCAACAUGGAGUCUCACUCACGCUUUAUUGGAAAUCCAUCGUGAUUUUUCUGCUAUGACACCUCUGUUUGCGAUGACUAUAGAUGUGAACCCUUUUAAUUCCUCUGAGUAUAUUCUAAAGUUUGAUCCUCCAUCUUUGAGUCUCCUUCGCGAGCAGUACUUAACAGGGGAUAACAAGACACGGGUGGCAUACUUGAAUUACAUGACCAAGGUAGGGAUGUUGCUUGGCGGUCCUGAAAAUAAUGAAACAAAGCAAAGAAUGGAGAAGGUUUUGGAGUUGGAAGGAAAGCUUGCACAGAUUAUACCUCCGGCAAGCGAACUGGGGAAAAAUUUCCUGCGCAACAUGAACGUGACGGAAUUGGAGAAUUCGGCACCCGGUUUCGGGUUCACCUGGUUGGGAUUUAUCAACGAUCUGUUAAAGCCGUUCAACGUGUGGCUGAACGCUUCAGACAUAGUCAUGGUCCCUUCGCCAGAGUAUCUUCGGAAUCUCUCCGACGUUGUCAACAAUACUAGCAAAGAGACCCUGGCGAGUUACGUGAUCUGGAGAUUUGUUCAAUCUGUUGUUCCCUACAUGUCCCGUGACUUCCGGUCUGCUUUAUUGGAAUAUCAGAAGGAGACGGUAGGAACCAAAUAUGCCCCUCCUCGAUGGUAUUCGUGCCUUGAGGACGAGAAUGGCUAUUACCAUGGACUGACAUUCGCUUUGGGAUAUAUAUGGAUUUCAAAUGUGUUCGACGUUGAAAUUAUUCCAUUUAUUCAAGACAUGUCAAAAAGGAUAAGGAGUGCAUUUAGAAAUGAAAUGUCCCACCUCGAUUGGAUUGACGACGAAACCCGACGAAAAAUUAAUGAAAAGGAAGAUGCUAUGAAAUUCAACAUUGGUUUUCCGAAGCUCUGUGCUAACGAAACAUUGCUGAACGAGUUUUACAAAGACCUGAACAUCACUGAGAAUAAUUAUCUCAAGAACGUCUUGGAUGUGAUGAUGUGGAAAAAGAGACGGGCCUUAUCAAAAAUUAAGACAGUAGUGGACAAAGACCAAUGGUUCACUGGACCUCAGAAAGUUAACGCAUUUUACCUACGAAGCAGAAACGAGAUAAGUAUUCUCGCAGGAAUUCUUCAGCCUCCAUUUUACUACGGGCGAAAAGCUCCCAGAUCCAUAAACUUUGGUGCGAUUGGAAUGAUUCUAGCACACGAGCUAUCGCACGGAUUCGACGCGGCUGGGAGAAAAUUCAACGAGAACGGAGAGGUUGUUGAAGACUGGUGGAGCAGUUCUUCGUCUCAAGGAUUCAAAGAGAGAUCCGAAUGUAUCGUGGAACAGUACAACAAGUACUCAGUCGAUGUUGGAGAUGGAAAAAGAGAAAACUUGAAUGGUGAAUUGACUUUGAGCGAAAACAUUGCAGACAACGGUGGCAUUCGUAUGGCCUACUCGGGGUAUAAGGACUGGCUUAAGAACAAUGCUCCCGAACCUCAGCUGCCUGGCCUGCAGAUGACUCACGAGCAGCUCUUGUUCUUGAGCUUUAGUCAGUCAUUUUGCGCUGCUAUGACUCCAUCAGCUGCCUUCCGCUUUACAAAGACAAGGGUGCACUCAAUACCAAGCUACAGGAUUAUAGGCUCGUUGUCAAAUAUGGAGGAAUUUUCUGAAGCAUUUAAGUGUCCCACUGGUCGAAGAAUGAAUCCCGAGAAGAAAUGUAAACUAUGGUGAAUCACAGACAUAACGCAUCUGUAUUUAACACGUUCUAGCAGCUGUUGGAGAUACUUAUUCUGGUUUUUACCUCUCUCAAUUCUUAACACAGAUACGGCUGAAUAUUAUUAACCGUCGUCGUAUCUCCACACCAAAUAUAUCCUUAAAUAUCUUCUACAAUGAAAAGAGAUUCCAGUUAAGGGAAAAUUCUACUCGCGGCGUAUGCAAUUAAUAUCAAAAUACGUCAGCACUUUGAUCACUUCUACCAAUUGCAAAACAAAGACGUUAACUAGGAAAGAUACCAUAUAUUUUUUUUUCUUAGAAAAAAGUUAGUGUUACAACAAUUCUGACCGUAUAUCUCUGAGACAAUUUUAACGUAUCCUGAUUCAUAUACACGUUUUAGAUGUAAUUUAGUUCUUAAGUGAAGAUUUAAAUGACAUAUUAUAACAUGAAAAACGUACCUCGUGCUCAAACUUAGAAUUGUAUUUUUUGACGUGUAAGACUAGUUUGAAGAAAAUGUCAGCCCAUUUUAGUCAUCCAUGCAAAAGCCACCAAAAAUAGCAGGACAGAGGAUGGAUUUUUGUGUUUCUCUGGGUCCAGCGCAUCACUGCUCCAAAACCGAAAGGGAUGGGGAAUAAUAUUCUCCUUAAAAAUUGCAGUGAAUUUCGCAUGUUAAUUCAUUUGCCAUGCGAUAGUUGCAUGAUAAAAAUGAGAUGUAAAUAUUGAAAAUGCUGUUAAAUCAAAUUGCGAAACAAUAAAAAAUUGAGACCCUAAGA